AUGUCCGGCGUGGUGCGCACCCUGAGCCGCUGCCUGCUGCCGGCCGAGGCCGCGGGCCGCGCCGGGGAGCAGCCGCGGAGGGACGGCAAGGAGCGGAGCCGCGAUGCCGAGCGGGAGGCGCGGCGGCGCAGCCGGGAGAUCGACGCGAUGCUGGCCCGGGAGCGGCGCGCCGUGCGCCGCCUCGUCAAGAUCCUGCUGCUGGGCGCCGGCGAGAGCGGCAAGUCCACCUUCCUCAAGCAGAUGCGGAUCAUCCACGGCCGCGAGUUCGACCAGAAGGCGCUGCUGGAGUUCCGGGCCACCAUCUACGAGAACAUCCUCAAGGGCUGCAGGGUUCUGGUGGACGCCCGGGACAAACUGGGGAUCCCUUGGCAGUACACGGAGAACGAGAAGCAUGGAAUGUUCCUGAUGGCCUUUGAGAACAAAGCUGGGAUGCCCAUCGAGCCUGCCACCUUCCAGCUCUACGUCCCUGCCCUGGGCGCGCUCUGGAGGGAUUCGGGAAUCAAGGAAGCCUUCAGCCGGCGGAGCGAGUAUCAGCUGGGUGAAUCGGUGAAAUACUUCCUGGAUAACCUGGAUCGGAUCGGUCAGCUGAACUAUUUCCCCAGCAAACAAGAUAUUUUGCUGGCCAGAAAAGCCACGAAGGGGAUAGUAGAGCAUGAUUUCAUCAUUAAAAAAAUUCCUUUCAAGAUGGUGGAUGUAGGGGGACAGAGAUCUCAGCGUCAAAAAUGGUUCCAGUGCUUUGAUGGAAUAACUUCAAUUUUGUUCAUGGUCUCCUCCAGCGAAUACGACCAGGUCCUCAUGGAAGACAGGCGCACAAACAGACUCGUGGAGUCCAUGAACAUCUUUGAGACAAUAGUCAAUAACAAGCUUUUCUUUAACGUUUCCAUUAUCCUAUUCCUCAACAAGAUGGAUCUUCUGGUGGAGAAGGUAAAGACUGUCAGCAUUAAGAAGUAUUUCUCGGACUUCAAGGGCGACCCUCACCGUCUGGAGGACGUGCAGCGUUACCUGGUGCAGUGCUUCGACAGGAAGAGGCGGAACCGCAGCAAGCCCCUCUUCCACCACUUCACCACGGCCAUCGACACGGAGAACAUCCGCUUCGUGUUCCACGCCGUCAAGGACACCAUCCUGCAGGAGAACCUCAAGGACAUCAUGCUGCAGUGAAGGAGAGCAGCCCCCUGCUCCGUUGAAGUUUCGCCCCGAGGGUUUCGAUCGAAGUUUUUAUCCUUUCUUUAUGGCCCUUGCAUGCGGCGUAGGACCCAUGCGAAUUCCUUGGCUCAGGAAUGCUGUUCACUAGCCAGUCCAAACAGAGGAGCUAUAGGCCGGAGGAGUCAUGUUGAUGUUAGCUACUGAAUCAUUUGGACUAAAACACUACUGAAACCUGGCCAUGGUAGGUUCUGUACCGAGUUUGGAACGCUGAAUGACACAGCCACCGUCUGCCUUCUUCGAGAACAGAAAUCUCUGGCAAACCAUGGAUGGAAGACACGUUUCAAAUGAAUGCUCAUUUUUCAGAGACACUAAUUGUACAAACUGCCUUUUUUUGUAGUUUGGAGGUGCUGAAUCGAUCAAACUAAUCUAAACGUGAUGAGAUUGGCAGCUGUAUUGGAGAAUGUUAAUGGAAGCUCCAUUCUUAACCCUUAGGAAUAUAACCAGGUCUUGUGUGUGUGUUCAGCUUUGCCGAGGGUCUGGAAUCCACCUCCCGAGGUGGAUGCACAGCUCUUGCCUGAAGGUUUUGCGUGAGUCUCCCGAGGCAGAAGUCUAAAACUGUGUAAGGAAACUCGCGUUGGAGUAAAUGGGAUGGGGACUCAAGGCCUCGCUGAUACGGAGAAGGGUUUAUUUUGCACUAUGCGUGGAGAGUGUUACAUCAUGGGAAAACCGAUUUCCUUGGUGCAGCAGCCUGUGCUGGAGCGCCCAGCCAUGUACCUGCACAGUGGGUGCUCGAGAGAGGUGUGCUCCAUGGGCAGCCAGCACCGGCCUCACACCCACACUGGGCAGCCUUUGUGAAGGUUCAGCAUCUCACGUGGCAGGGCUUCGGCUGUACUCAAAAGCUUGGAAGCUGAUUCAGCUCUUUAGGCAAAGGUUUUGGUAGCACAGCAGCUGCUUGGUUGGUUCCCAACAGCUGACCUAGGAAAGCUGAACGCCCUGGAGAUCCCAGCUGCACUGAUGUACUUGGACAGCAAGACCUUGCUGUAAAAUUAGCCUUUAAUCUGUGUCUUAAUGGGAUCUUUAGCCUACAGUGAUGCACGUGGAGCUCAGAGCACAGUCAGGUUUGGAGGUGCCCCUUUUGGGCAGUGGCUUGGGUGUAAAAUGCCAAGAGGCUGCGAAUAAUUUGGAUGUGAACUCCGAAUUUCCUUGUGCUCUCAGUCUCUGCCGGGUGCCUUUUCUGUGUACAGACAUUGAAUCUUCUCUACUGCAGUGGGGUACGUGGACAAACUGAAGAUAUUGUAGUGCUAUCCUUUAGGUAACUCAAACAUAGUUUACUGUGCAAUUUUUGUCAUAGUUUUUAUCCAAGAAUAAAACCUGAAGGGCUGUUUGUACCCGUAAAAAGUCAGCAGAUUCCCUGGAGUUCUUAUCCCCUUUGAGCCUGUAAUGGCAUGUCAAAACAAGCAAAGUUUUACUUCAGCUGGUAAUCCCAUGGGAAAUGUGGUCAAAGAAAAGUCCUGUUCCGUUGUCCUUUCAUGUUAAUUUGGAUAAAAUCUGGAAUCUUUCUUCCCCUCUGAAGCUUGCAGAUGUUCAUAUCAGUAUUUUUGUGUAGUUUCCUGAUGUCACAGCCUCCUGGCUUUCUUUGUGCAGGCUCCAGAGUGGAAAAGCUGUGGCUGUUUCAGAAUCGAGGUAAGAAGUGACUGAGAAGUUGCAGAUGGGAAAAUCUGACUUAAAUUUCAGCAAACUUAAACAGGAAUUAGCUUCCUUGUAACAAGUCUUAUUUUGCCAGGACCAACUCUGUCUUUUAAAUAUUUAUUAGUUUUUAGCCUUGAAGGGGAAGAAGGUUAUGUGACUAAUACUCAGACGAGGGAAAAAUCUCAAGAUUAUUACAUUUGAAAAGGAGAAUGUUUCACCACGGAGUGAUGCAAACAAGCUUGCUCAUCACAUAAGGUUGGUUUCUCUGAGCCCUUUUGUUUGGCUGAAGACUGAGGCUGCUUUCAAAGCUUUCAGAUGUUUUCUGAGUUCUUGGUAGUGGUUUUCACUUCACACAAGACACUGGGAAAGAGGAGGCAGUUGUGGGCUCACCUGACUUCUAGGUUGACUUGACUUUAGUUCUUAGUUUGCUGUGAGCUUUAUUCUUUCACUGAAUUUUCCAGAUGAGUUAAUAUUAUGCUUGUUUUCUCAAAUUAGUUAAACAUUCCCUUUCAACUGUAUUUUCUUCUCAAAAAUUACCUCAGUUUGGUGUCUGAAUCUACUGUAGUUUUACCUGGGAGGCAUAGCAUGGAAUUUCCUGUUCUGUUUUUCUCCUGACACUCAUCCAUGGUUUUGUAUCCUUAGUCACCUUAUGGAUUUACCCUCAACAGAGCUGAUGAUGCAACUUAUAUUUUAACUAACUUAAAAUCUGCACCUGGAAAAGAAACAGCGUGAGAGAUCUCACACAGAGCUCUCAGGCUGCUUUUUGGUUUUUUUGUAUGAUAUGCCAGUUUUGCACACUAAGUCAGUUUUAGGGAGCCAGUUUGCCCACCUUGGGUCCAAUUAUUGCCUUUCUCGUUGUAAUUGAUGAAACGGGGCUGCAGCUGCAGGUGAAAAGCGGUGGUUUGGCUCUGUGGGUCAGAGUUCUGUCAGGUUUGGAUGGUGAUGGAUCACACCAGGAGCCCUCCUUGAGAAAGUCAAGCACUACCCAAGUUUGCAGAGGAGCUGGCCUGUGGGUAAGAAGGAGGUGGGGGUCUUUUUUAAGUGUCAGUUUCCUCUGCAAAUUACUCUUCUUGCCACAGCUUGAAGGGGGGGGGCUUGGGGUUUUUUAUUCAAGGUAAGUUGGAGUAUAAUAAGGCCAGAAAAUCAUGUUAUGGUAAAUCAGUGAAUUACUAAAGCAGGGCUUAGGUAGGUGAGGGUGCUCACACAUCUUGGGACAGGCCUGGUUGGUUGCUUAGUCCUUUCACCAGAAACAAAUAGAAAACUUUAUUUUAAGUGACAUCCUGGAGAACUUUGCAGGUAAACACAGCUGGAGAGAACAUCUCUUUUUUGUUGUUAGUUUUAUAGGCUUAUUGUUCAUUUGGCUGGUCAGGAAAUGGGUCACAGGCAGGAUGAUCAUCAGAUGGAGACCUUGAACAAGUACUUUAAAAAAAAAAAAAAAAGAGAAAAAAGCAGCUUUUUGCUGUCCCUCCUCUGACACCCGGGGUCAGUGACAGAAUGUUGCAGAGGGGUUGUCUCUCCCGAGGACAAAGAGAGGAAACUCUUGCAGCCUGUGCUUGGGGCAGAGACUUACGUAAUCCUGGAGCCUAAGCAGAAAGACUAAAUGGGAGUCAUUUAUCCAACACUACUUGGUGUUUGCUGUCCUCAAAACAAGUGUUGAGCUGAUAGAGAGUGUCGGGACCACUGCAGAUUGCAGUCCUGAGAUGCACUGCAAGGUGACUUGGUGGAGUUAAAAAGGAGGAGUGCUUUUCUGCAAGUGACAUAUUCAAUGGGCACUUGUCACUUUGAAGGAAUGAAAUAGUUCUUAAUGUUGAAAAUAACUAAUGGUGGUUAAGGAGCUGAAAUUACUGGCCACUGGGUCUUUACAACUCAAAGAUGCUUUCAGUUUCAUGCAAGGAAUGAAUCUUAUUUAAUAUGGCAGCCUAGAUUAUUUGACUGAUUAACUUGAUAACAUAUUUAGUUUUUUUAAUUGCUGCUGUGUAAAACCUAGAACUAGGCAUGUUACAAGAAUGAAGCUCCUGAGGAUGACCAUUCCCAGGCCUUCUGAGGCAGGCAAGGCUGAACUGCGGGCAGGGGAGAGAAGGUAAUGGCAAAUAAACCCUAGGGAAAUGGACUAGGAGGAGCUCACUGGUACAUGGCACUGGAGACAGAAAUAUAAUUCCCCUAGGACAGUGAAGUGGCAUUUGGUGUGAAAAGUGGCGCAUUUGGAGCGUGUCCCAUCCUGUCUGUGCGUUGCCCCCAUCCCCAUGGCCUCAUUCCCUCUGGGAAUUCACCCGUCCUGGUCACUGUGAUCUGCAGAGAAAUGUGGAAUGAAAGCAGUUAAAAGAACGGACGUGGUACCACUGAAGAAACCAGCAGCUUUCUUUAGUGACAGACAGCUGCCUUCUACAGAACAGCAUUUUGGAAAAAAAGGUCCUCUGCUGCCUUUAGAUGGUUGUCUUUGUAUUAAGUAUGUUUUAACUUAUAUUAACUUAUGUUUUAGAGUCUUUUCUAUGUGUGUACUUCUUUAUUUCUGGGGGGGGGAAAAAUCCUUCUGUGCAUGGACCUAGAAGAUUUCUCUAAAAAGCCCCUCUGAUUUCCAAGCAGUGAGUUUUGGCACCUGCCUUAGCUUGGCUUCUGUCAUCAGAUUUUCAGGAGUACCUUGCUGGAUUGAUGGGUGAUUUGAUGCACGCCAGCUUGAGAGACAAACGUGAUAUGCAACACCUCCACAGAGCGCAGCUUGUCAUGUAAACCAAACACUGAUCUCAUGAUGGGAGCUGUGAAGUUUAGCAGUAGCCUCUUUUCUAUAUUCUCUUUCUAGUACAAAAUCACGUGGCGUAGUCAGGGGUUUAAUAGAGCACUGCCAACUCUUUACCUCAUGCUCUGUAAUUCUGUAACACAAAGUGGUGGGUGGGGUGUUUCAGUAGCAACUAUUAAACAUCUGUGCCUACUCUUGUAAAUGAGCUUUUAACGGCUUUUUUAGGGAGCAUCCAUUAUGGAUCAGGAAGACCUGGCCUGAGUUAAUGCUGACUCCACACAGUUCUAGCUGAGGACUGUCUAGCCUAGUGAGGAAUAAUUGGUAAUGCAAGACCUAGUGCUUUUUAAUAAUACCUGUUUUGUAAUUAGCUGGGGUGAUCUCUGCUUUGUGCUGUGACGUGGGCACUUCUUUCUUUUAACACUAAUCUUUUUUUACAUAGAUGGAAAUGAGUAAAGCCAGGAGAUUUGGAGCUGAAACUGCCUCUCUGCUAGCCAGGUGACGCUGCCUCUUUGCUCAUCUCGGUGCUUGGGCGGUUCAGCUCGAUCCUUGACGUUUUUAUCUUUCUAAUGGCAUUUGGAAAGCGGUGUUGAAGUUUGUCUGUGUGUUGAUAUGCUUGUGUUCUUACUGGGUGGGGAGUGUGGAGGUUCUAGAUUGUCAGUGCUGGUGGUUCUGUGCCUGGCCUGAGGAGCUGUCCCAGCCCAGCUCUUGGCCUGUGACCGAAGGUCGGAUCUUCUGUCUGGUGUGAGAGUAGUCAGAGGGUGGGAAAGGAGCAGCACUGACCUCCAGGGUGGGUAUUCUGGUAAAAAAAAAAAAAAAAAAGAAAAAAAAAGAUAAAGAGCCAAAGUAUGUUGGAGGGGAGCAGGAGAGGGGAGCUAGUUUCUAAACAGAUCCCAAAAGCUGAUGGUGCUUGAGGGCUGUUGAAGUGAAAUGCCAUCUGCACUGACCCAAAAGCUUUGAGUGACUCCAGAGAGCCUUUGGCUGUGAAUUAAGAGCAGCAGGCUGGCAAGGCUGGCCCUGCCAUUGUAAAACCUCUCUUCAUCUGUUCAUCACUGGGUGCUAAAACUCAAUUCUGACAAAAUCCAGUAUGCAGAUCUCUGGCCAGACAGUGCGUCCUACUCCUUCCUGACAGCUGCUUAAACUUUCUUCAAGAUACCAGAGCAUGAGAAGGUAAGAGGCUGUUUCCAUUCUUUGAAUAAAAACUGCAGCUGGUGGAGAGCAACAUUUUUUAUUAAGUAGGACCUGAGAGAGCAUCUUUUGAGGGACGUGACAGGUUUUGAGUAGCACAACUUCUCUGCUGUUGCCAUUGAUCUCUUGUGCAGAAGGAGAUCUCUGGGUACAAAGGUUGGGCACGAAGGCUGAGAGGAGAUCGCAGGGAGCGGGGGGGAUGUGGAGGAGAAAGGAUCUGUUGGGAAGGUGAUUGGUGGGCUUAGGUUUGGAGAGGUGUGUUCAGAGUCCUGUUUGCAUUGAGGCCAUUAACCCUCUGUAGGAUAGGGAGUGUUCCUCCAGGCUGUGUUGUCUGAGAUGUGGCAUGGCCUUGAAUUGAUGAUAACAGAUUGAAAAGUGUUUCUGGAGACUCCACUGAACAGCAGUGCUGGUGUUUCUUGCUCUAGUGAGGAGUUGUUUUGUUUGUGGAAUCAAAAUGUACAAAAGCAAACUGACAAAACACCAGGUUAUCUGUGACACAACCAACAUAGCUUAGGAAGCCAAGUGAUGUAAUCUUUUAUUCUGCAAUGUACUUGCUCUCUGGUGCCUAUGCAUUAACACACAUACUAUGCAAUAUCAGUCUUUUUUUAAAUCAAUUCACUACAUUGGGCAAGAAAGCCCUGAGUUUAGCCUUAAUUUUCUUAACAAUUCACAGGAAAGUACUUUAAAAACAGUGACAAGACUCAAAAAAGGUGGAAAAUGCAUAAAGUAAAAGCACAGUCCCAGACUGCUCACAUAAGUGUCUUUCUAGCACCAAAACAGCAUCCGUGAUAGAAGCAGCUACUUGCUGUAAUAGUUCCAACUUAUGAAAACUGUGUACUAGAUAAAAUUAUAUUGUGAUGUGUAAAAAGUGUAUUUUAUAGCUUUGGUGACUUAGUUUACUGUUUUGUAUAUAUGAAUUUUAUAAAUCUAUUAAAACUUGACUUGUUAUACUGUU